GGCAACGAGCCGCUUUGCUUGCUCUGAUUGCGGCCCCUCCUUUUGGCUGCAGAGUCUCCACCUACCCGAAGCGUUGGUGACCCGCCCGCCCGCCUUUCUUUCUCUUCCUUUCCUAAGAGCGAGCUUUAGCUGCGAGUUUCCUGCCUGGCCAGUCGUGAUCUCAGAAAGCAAAACCUUUUUUCCUCGAGUAAAUCUGCCGUUUUUCCGCUCAGGAGUAGCUGCUUCGCACUUUCCCAACUCGGAAUUGACCAGGCUCCUGGCUUCUCCCUCUGGUGGCAGAGAUGAAAUUAUUCCAGUGUCUGCCUCCUCGGGCAUGAACUCCUCAGCACACCCUGCGGAGCAACUAUCUAUCAACCUAACCCAUGUUAGCCGCAUUAUGGAGGAUUGGAAUGACAUCACCCAGACACCUGCUGAUGCUGCCUCCCUGAAGGCUGGACUGCUGUACAAUGCCAACAACAAUGCUUCUUUAGGGACUUGGCGAGGCCUGAAGAGCCCUUCCCUCGCUUCGGCUGUCUCCCACUCCAAACUGAGCUACCUGGAGCGUGUGGUGCUGGAGAUCGUGGAGUCAGAACGGAUGUAUGUGCGGGAUUUACGAAGUAUUGUAGAGAAUUACUUGGGGAAGAUCAUAGACACUCAAGAGCUGCUCCUGCGGCCGGAACAAGUCAGUGCACUCUUCGGAAACAUUGAAGAUAUUUAUGAAUUAAAUAGUGAGCUCCUGCAGGACCUGGACAGCUGCCACAAUGACCCUGUUGCCGUGGCAAGGUGUUUUGUGGACAGGAGCCAGGACUUUGAUAUCUACACUCAAUACUGCAACAACUACCCAAACUCUGUGGCAGCACUGACCGACUGCAUGAGGAAUAAACAAUUGGCCAAGUUCUUUCGCGAGAGGCAAGAACAAAUCCGUCACUCACUGCCUCUUGGCUCCUACCUCCUCAAGCCUGUCCAGCGCAUCCUGAAAUAUCACCUUCUCCUCCAGGAAAUAGCCAAGCAUUUUGACUUGGAACAGGACGGCUAUGAAGUGGUAGAAGAGGCAAUCGACACCAUGACAUGUGUGGCUUGGUACAUCAAUGACAUGAAAAGGAAGCAUGAGCAUGCUGUGCGAUUGCAGGAAAUUCAGUCAUUGCUAAUUAAUUGGAAAGGCCCAGAUUUGACGACCUAUGGGGAACUAGUCUUGGAAGGCACCUUCCGUGUUCAUCGGGUGAAGAAUGAGAGAACUUUCUUCUUGUUUGACAAAAUCUUUCUGAUAACAAAGAGACGGGGUGAUCACUAUGUAUACAAAAACCACAUUCCAUGUUCCUCCUUGAUGCUGAUCGAGAGCACCCGAGAUUCACUCUGCUUCACCGUCACCCAUUACAAGCACAGCAAGCAGCAAUACAACAUCCAAGCAAAAUCAGGGGAGGACAAACGGGUUUGGACUCACCACAUCAAACGUCUGAUCCUGGAAAAUCACCAUGCCAUCAUCCCCCAGAAAGCCAAAGAAGCCAUCUUGGAAAUGGAUUCCUAUUAUCCUUCUCGGUACAAGUACAGUCCAGAGCGUCUGAAGAAGGCCUGGUCUUACCAACAGGCAGAAGAUAUUCCUCAGCAAGCCAGACAGGGGCGUCGGCAAUCAGAACCAUUCCAUGGCAAAAACAGUGCUAAGAAGCUCCUAGACGGACUCCAUAGCUCUACUUCACAGCGUAAUGAACGCCGAAAAUCUGAGCCAACAAAACAAAUCCUCAAGCAACUGAGCAGCAAAGUAGGACUAAAGCAUGCGGACAGUGAUGGUGCUCUUCUGGAGUUUGGGGAGCCCCCACAGCCCUCCAGAAGCUUGUCCCAACAGGAGGAGGAGCAGACCUUUCCCCAGGAACAUCCUGAAGAGUUGGCUGAAAGUGAUGGCAAUGAGAAGGAGAUGGGGCCAGAGGAAGAGGAUGAAGCGGAGGAGGAGGAGGAAGAGGAGGAGAGGCUGGUAGGAACGGAGCAGGUGGCAGAUUUUGCAAGCUCCUUGAUGGCAGUCCUCCAUUGCUGGCACUAUCGGGCCAACGCUUUGCUUUUCUCCUGGGGCAGCACGAGCAAGGGCCACAAGGCACAAGAAAGGCACAAACCAUGCCAGUCUCCAGAAAAUAGUGAGAAAACUCGGAUCCCGGAAGCUACUACUUCGGUCUUAAAGGCACAAUCAGCAAUGGAGCUUGAGAGGGGAGCAGAGGGUUCUUCCUACAAGGAAGCAUGCCCAGAAGAGAAUCCUUCGGACCCUGAGUCAACAAGUCCUCCAGAGUCAGCCUCUGCAGACCAACAUGGAGUCCUGCAUCAGAAUUCAGAUGGUCUGGAGCCCACUGAAAAUGCAGAAAAGCCACUUAGCAGUGAGGAGGAGGAAGAGGAGGAGGAAGAGGAGGAGGAAGAAGAUGGAAGCGUGUCCCCGCCGAGAAGCAUCCUUCCUCUUUCUGUGCUAGAUCAGGCUAGUAUUAUUGCUGAGCGUUUUACUAGUAGCCUGUCUCGUCGAAGCAGCCUGGCUCUAGAGGAGGGGAAGGGCUACCUGACUCCCAAGCAGGCCAGCCAGAGUGGCAGCGUCCUAAGCCUGGAUGGCAGCGAGAAGGCCACCUGCCGCAAUAAUGGCACCAAUGAGCCCCAGAACUGCAGCCUGCCGCAAGAGCCCCCAGCUGAGCCUAGCAGUGCCUGCAGUGAGCUUCGCUCACCUGGUCCAGUUGAAACGGAUCGCAGUUCCUGCAGGCGGAAGGAAUCCAUGCUGUCUCAGCAGGACCGGCUGCUUUUAGAUAAGAUCAAGAACUACUACGAUUAUGCUGAGCAUCAAGAUGCUGGCUUCAGUGUCAGACGGAGGGAGAGCCUGUCCUACAUCCCCAAAGGACUGGUGAGGAACUCAGUCUUCAGGAUCAACAGCCUCCCCCAGCCAGAACCUGAGCAGCAAGCGAGGAAAAGACUGGGUACCUCUGUUGGCAGCAAGGCCUGUCGGACUGCAUCCUGGAUACUCUCGAAUAGGUCUGCUGUUGGGCCCCAGGCCACCUGCUCUGAGCCAGGCCAUGAGGAGAACCCCCAGCCCAUCAGUGAAGCGGAAUUCAGGCCAUCUGCUGAGAUGCUUAAGGUAUGGGAGGAGAUGGAGAAGUCCGGCAGACAGUUGUGGAAUGGAAAGGCUGAAUAUGAGGGCAGAGCUGGCCGGGCAAACGGACAGUGUGCUGAACCUUCUUUGAGAAACAGACUCAAGGGCCAGGAGAAUGGCUUUGACCUCUCUGAGUCGCUUCUCAUCUUGGAGGAUGAAGAUCUUGGAGCUAUAACGGAGGAGUCUCCUGUGCCCUCUCCAGAGAAUAAAUCUCCUGUGGAUCGAGCCGAACUCUCCAGAGUGCCCUGGAAAUUAAUGCAAGAGCUGAGGAAUUAUGAACCACAUGAGUGUUCCCCUCAGCUGCACCCUCGUAUCAUGCGUCUAGCCCACCUGACAGAAGCGGAGCUGACAGAGAAGAUGAAAAACAAGGUGUACCAUCUGGCCCGCCAGUACAGCCUCCGAAUCAAGGGCCGCAAGCCUGAAGUGCACAGGCAGCUUACUGAACUGGAGGAAGAAAUGAAGCGUAAUGCUUCAUCUGGCCAGCAGGAGGCCAACAAGAAGGGCAAGGGCAAGCGGAAGCCGGUAUUGUCCCUCCUCAAUUAUGAGCAAGUUGUGCUGCAGGAAUCGAGCCCACCGACGUUGCUUUCCUCUUCAUCACACGGGAAGUCGCCCAAGCGCUUCUCUUUCAGCCCGUCCUCCUCCAGCCCCCGACUCACUUCCUCCACCAGUACCCUGUUGCGCAGUCCCAUCAGUCCUGUCAUAGCUGAGAAAUUCAACUGGCCUGAUGUGCAGGAGCUGAGGUCCAAGUAUUCCUGUCAGGCAAGGGCUGAGAAGGGCCGGUCUCUACCUGUCAAUAGGAGCCGCUCAGCCCCUGAGAAAAUGAUGGACACUGAUAGGAUGCUGGAACACCAGGGCUCAAAGGAAAAUGAGAAAAGGGAGAAAUCCCAGCACGGGAGGACCCAGAGCUGCAGAGGGGCAGUAAGGGAGACAUCAUCUGACUUUCUUCCUAAGGCCUACACCCGUGAUGCUCAAGAGCAGUUAUGUAUCACAGCUGAAGCCCCUCUGGAGAACAACCAUCAGGUGAUAGUCAUGGAGAAGCUGUUGGGUGCUGCUGGUGAGCCUGAUGACAGCUAUGUGCAGAUCCGCUCCCCUACUUCCAGGGAGAAGAUCUCUCUCAAGGCUGUGGUGGAGCGGUGCAAGGCCUACCAGGACUCGGAGGAGUACCGCAAGCGUGAGGAGGGCCUUCAGGAAGUGGUUCCCCAGAAGACACAGCUGUGGUGGGAGAAAACAGACAGCAACCAACAGAGCCUGGUGAAGAACCUACGGGAGAAAUUCCAGACCCUUAAUCCCAACAGUUGAGCAUAAAAGUGCACCUCUUGCUCCCAUGCCACUAAAACCUACUUAGAACUGGGAAGCUGCGGAGUCAGCCUUUGAGGAAAUAAUGAUAAUUCUCUCCAGCUUCUUGGGAGGACAGAUAGUAGUCCCUUGCUGCUACUGGCAUUCCCUUUUUACAUUGUGCUCUCCACUACAUGGACAGCUGCUUUGACAUUCUAGGAAACCACAGCACCCUUCUUCAUGUCUAUGCAUUUUGAACAUAAACACUGUAGCAUCCUAAGCCCAUAUUCAUCUUGCUGCAGGCAACAUUGUUGGGCCAUUCAGCUACAAGCCUGAAGGAGCUUCCCCUUAGAGCAGGCAAGCCAUAUGUCAGCUGUUUAUGUAAGCCUUGCUAAGAAAAGGUGUGCUCUUGCCUUCAGGACCACAGAGCGGCUGGGUAGUUUCGACAUUGUAAUGACUGAGCAGGAACAAGUGCUCCUUCUACUGCUAAGUCUCAUAGGAAAUUAAGUUAUUGUUCCAAGUUGCUUUGUUUUAAGGAUUGUAAUUUUACUGAGGUUGGGAGUUUUGAUUGGUUCUGGGCCUCCCACUCUGCAAAUAUAUAAUCGAAUAAUGGUUGUGUACACAUUUCAGUCUGUACGCACUGUGCAAUAACCACUUUUGACCAGAGAAUGUGGCUUUGGCCUCUUCACUGAGAUGGUGGGGGGCAAGAAUUGAAAGCUAUCAGUCACUGAUUUUUCACUGCAUCUCAUGUGCACAAUUGUAAGAUUGAUAAUGUAUUUGGAGUCACCAACCUUUCCAAGGUGGCACAGGGUGGCGGCGGGGGGGGGGGGGUGUUGAUCAAAUUAAUUGUGCUGGAAUAUUUCAGGUCAUAUAACCUGACUCCUGGAGAAACUCACAUCCCAACCCAUCUUUUUACCAUGAACAGUAAUUUAAUACCAUAUGUACUCCUUCCAUUAAUCGGAUGAGAGAGAAAUGCUCUGAGGUUACCUGAAGGUCCAUAAUCAAUUUUGAAGUCGCCCUUCAUUCCAUCAGUGUUUGGUGUUACAGUGCACUAAGCUUUUCUAAGCAUACCCAUCACAUCUCCUUUACCUUGAAUUUCAUGAAGUCAGAAUCCUAACUUAGAGAAAUGACAUCCCUAUUUAAAAACCUUUAAAAGGCAAACAACAUUACUACUUCAUCCUCAGACACAAUGUCAGUGUGGGAUAGGGGAAAGAGCAGCCAGAUAGUAUUCUAACAGAGUUUGGGGUGGGCAGAAUUCCCGUAUCACUAUAUUUCAUGGAAAAGGUGAUGCCAAUAUUUCCAGCUCUUUGUAGCUGGGCUGCAUCGCCCACUUGCCAUGUAGAAUCCAUCUGAGAAUCUUUUAUCGAUCUGACUUGCUGGGUAUGUGAAACCUGUAUUUGCUUUUAUACUACAUUUAGGAAGGAGACAACAGAGAUUUAGGAAAAGGGCAGACAAACUAAGGAAAAAAGAGGAAACUGGAAACACAUUGGUGCCCAUUAGUGGGGCUGGGAAAAAAAUGAUUGGGUAAUAGACUAAUGAUGCAAAGCGAGAAUACAGCCCUGUGAAAGAGGCUGAGUAGUGGCAAUGGGUGUGCAGAGAGAUGAGAGUACUGGCGAUUUGGGAGGUGGGCUGGACAAAGAAAAUGGGUUAACCAAAUAAGGCUUGCAAGUAAUAUUUGGGUUUAAAUUGUUUGAAAAAUGUUUUUCUGUUGCAAAUGCAAUGAUGUAGUGCUCAGGAGUCAGUAAAAAUGUCCCUUAUUUCUGCAUCAUUAAGCCAAGUAGAAUCUGUUGCUGUUAAACCAGGUCCCCAAUAUGCUGACAUUGCAAUUCCAUGUAUAAUUACUGCAGUUUAAACCUUUUAAAAUUGGCUUAGAUUGGAGCAAUUUUGCACAGGACUGCACUUUAUCUCUAUGCUUCUAACGCUGGGCUUCUUUAAUUCCUCAUAACGUUGUUGUUUCCCCAUCACAUCAAAGAAACAUGGUCCACUUUAUUAGUGGGAUUUUUAAAUCUGGCAGAAUAUAUAAAAAUCAAGAGAACUUCCACAAAUGUGUGUAGGAAAAAAAAUCUUUGAGCUGUACUUCAACAGGCCCACUAAUGUAUAUACCAUAUAGAACUCAAAGGUUUAGCCAAGAGCAUGCUUUAGUAAAACUCUGGUCUCCAUACCUGUGAAUCAGGUUUGUGUGCACUAGAUAGUUUCCACUCUGGACUGAAUUUCCUCUAAAACUCAUUUGCUCAAGAUCAGAAGUUUUUAACGGGUCCCUUUGCAAAUGGAAUAUUUAGACCAAUGCACAUGGAGUUCAUAAGAUCCAAAAUAUAGUCUCUUAUAAUGAUAAAGAAGCACUAUGUGAAUACUAAAAGCAUUUGAUGUACAUGAUCAUAAAUAUUCUUAUAUGUCUUGAAAGUAAACCAGCAUUUAUUAUCCCAUGUGACAGUGACUUACCCAAGAUCAGCUGGUGAAAUCAUGGCUGAGAUAUGACAAAGCUUUUCUUAAAAUACUUAAGUAGGCUGACAGAAAUUACAUACAAAAUCCCAGAGCCAAGAAUAUUUGUUCAUCCAUUUAUUAGAAAAAUGUUAUUAAAUUGCUUCUGAAGCACA